ACCAUGAUGCAUUGCACCGAAACAGUCAUUAUCAUGACACAUCUUCAACAUAAGGAAAAGCUUCCUCUAAAGCGCUGUGUUCGCUAACCUUGGGCAGAGGUUAGCUACUUCCCUGGGUUAGCAUUGUGACAAGCAGCUCAACACUCGACUCUGCGAGCAAAGAGGCUGUCGGGCUCCAAACCUGAGCCACGUCUGCUCUUCUGCUAGCUUUCUAGCCGCACAAGCUAGCACUUGCUAGCGUUAGCUAAAUUAGGACACCGCAUCUGCACGUUUAGCAAUUAAUGUUAGGGGGCUGCGGUCGUCAUAGACGGCUGCUGUGGAGGCUUACAUGUACAAGACAGCAGCAGAAGUUGGACCGAGGAGCAGCUCAAGACUCGUCCCGUAUGUGCAGCGAACUGGUCCGGAUGGAGAUUAGUUGACAGCAAACAGCGGUUUGACCGUCUUGCAUUGAUGCUGAGACACUGAAGUGAAAUUGCAGUCCAAGAUGAACACAUCCUUCCCAUACCUUCCCAUGACUCUCACCUGGAUCUGGAGGAGGCUGUGAGGAAAGGCAGAAGAGGAGGGAGCACCAGAGGGUUAUAGACACGAGUCAUGAAUCUCCACCAGGUUCUCACAGGGGCUGUCAACCCUGGGGACAAUUGUUUCUCUGUAGGGAGCUUCAACAAUGUGCCAUUCACGGCUUAUGCAUCAGGCUGUGACGUGGUGAUUUUGGGCAGUGACUUUGAGAGACUACAAAUCAUCCCAGGGGCCAAACAUGGCAACAUCCAGGUUGGCUGUGUCGACUGCUCACUGCGAGGUGGACAGAUCGCAGCUUCCUAUGGAAGCAUUGUGUGUGUCUUUGAACCUGUUCAGCAUCCGGAUCAAAAAGAUGCAUCACUGACUAAAUCGCGCUGCCAAUGGCAGAAGACUGGUCAAUUUGUAUUACAGUCUAUGGUAUGCAACCUGGCCUGGCACCCCACAGGUACCACUCUUUUAACAGGCUCUAGUAGUCUCCAGUUGUGGUCUGAUGCUGAUGGAGGAAAGGAUGAGGUUGAAGGAGGAGGAAAGCAAAGAGACAUGACCAUAAGUGACAGUCGUUCUGCCUGGAGGUGCAUCUGGCAGAGCAACACAGCCUCUCCUGUCAAUUUAAUGAAGUUCUCUCCUGAUGGUGAAUUUUUUGCCACUGCCGGUCAGGAUGACUGCCUAGUAAAGGUAUGGUACAGCACCAGUAAGUGGAAGUCAAGUGUUUGCAAACUCUUCACACCUCCAGAGCCCAGUGUCAUUGUCCAGGGAGAGCUGGCCUUCUCCUUUGUUUACCUGGCUCAUCCCCGUUCUGUUACGGGCUUAUCUUGGAGGAAAACCAGCAAGUACAUGCCACGAGGUGCGGUGUGUAAUGUUCUGCUCACCUGUUGCAAAGACAGCGUAUGUCGGCUCUGGGCAGAGACACUGUUGCCAGGUGACAGCCUCCUGUAUGGUCACCAUGACAACUAUUCUUCUGACCAACACAGUGACUCAAACAGAUGUGCUGGACCUACUGGGAAACACACUAGUGAUGGGAAGACACAAGGAAAAACUGCACAGGACUUGAAUUUUCAAGAGCUGCAGCACUACUCUUCAUAUCGGGAUGUUCCCCAGCCGUCUCUGACCGGCUUCCUGCCACACCUCCAGAAUCAUCCUCACUUCAGCCACAAGAGGAGCAGCACCAACACGCCACAUGCCAACGCACUCUGCCAUUUUCACAUUGCUGCAAGCAUCAACCCAGCUACUGACAUUCCUCUGCUGCCCUCCAUCUCCUCUCUAAGUGCUGCGGAUGAUGAGGAGACUGGAAGUCUUUUUACUGUCCACUGGCUGAACAACAAAGAGCUGCAUUUCACUUUAGCCAUGGAAGUCUUCCUGCAGCAGCUCAGGGGUAGUUUGGAGCAGCAAAAUGAAGGCUCUAAUGAAGAACUUGAUGGCGAGGAUAAUGUUGAUGAAGAGGUUAAUGGUAGCAAAGCAAGUGACCCCCAGGAGCUUCCUCUGGCAGCAGUGGGGCACCAAGUGGAUGUGUUGCUAGAGGAGUGGAAUAAAGGAGCAGAUAUGUUGUUCAGUAUUCAUCCCAUGGACGGCUCACUGUUAGUCUGGCAUGUGGACUGGUUAGAUGAAUACCAGCCAGGAAUGUUCAGACAAACUCAGGUGUCGUUUGUGUCCCGUAUCCCUGUAGCCUUCCCUGCAGGCGAUGCAAUCUCACUGAGCCACAGUGUUGUCAUGUAUGCCUGCAACAAAAAUGUGGAUCUUGCAAUCCAACAUGGCAGACAGCGACCGCCUGGGACCACGCUGCCUCGAACCAAAUCAGCUCUAAUAAGCUACGGAGGUCAAGGAAAAGCCGCCCCCAGCAGUAGUCUGCGACUUAGCAUUUUCACCCCCAAUGUCCUUAUGAUCUCCAAACAUGACGACGGCUCCCUGAACCAGUGGGCAGUCAGUUUUGCGGAGGACUCCGCUUUCUCCACUGUGCUGAGCGUCUCUCAUAAGUCACGGUUCUGUGGCCAUCGUUUUCACCUCAAUGACCUAGCAUGUCACUCUGUACUCCCUCUCCUCCUCACCACCUCACACCACAACGCCUUGAGGACACCGGAGGUAGACAGCAUCCUGGCCCCUCCAGAGGCCUGCUCCUCUGGUUUCUCUCAGUCAGCUUCUAUGAGCCGUAGGUCACGGGCCAGCAGAGUCUCCCUGGGCACUGUGUCCCAGGAUCCCAAUGCUAUCUACAGUGAGCUGAUUUUGUGGAGAGUGGACCCUGUUGGUCCGUUGUCUUUGUCAGGGGGAGUCUCUGAGCUAGCACGGAUCAAUUCUCUCCACGCAUCAGCGUUUGCUAAUGUAGCCUGGCUACCCACGCUCAUCCCCUGCAGCUGUUUAGGUGCUUACUGUAACUCUCCCAGUGCCUGCUUUGUGGCAAGCGAUGGCCACUCUCUUCGGCUGUAUCAAGUAGUUAUUGAAGCAAAGAAACUCUUGAGUGAGCUCUCCAACCCUGAGAUAUCAAAAUAUGUUGGGGAGGUUUUCAACAUCAUCAGUCAGCAAUCCACAGCAAAACCAGGAUGCAUCAUAGAGCUGGAUGCCAUUACUGACUUUCAGGGGAAGGAGACUCAACUCCUGCAUGUUUUUGAGGAGGAGCUGAUCCUCGGGAGUGAGAGAACAGAUACGACACAGAAAACAGCUCCUCAUAAUACCUCUGGUGAGCCACCUUUCUCAGCACGUUUUUUCCUGGUGGUGGUUGAAUUGACCCCAACAGGCCGCUCGCUCCUGCACAUGUGGCAUCUUCAUCUUGUUGCACAACCCAUCACUAUGGAAGAGACAGAGAAGGAUGCGACCGCAGCAUCCCCAUUAGACGGCUCUCAGUUUAACUUUGACACAUACAGUUCUCCAGUAAUUCAAAAGAAUAAACCCUGCACGUCCAAUCUGCAGAGCGCCUGUCGCCUCAGCCUGACAACACACAGCCUAUUUAGUCAAGAGAUGGCGCUGCCUGAAGGGGUGGAGGCCAUCAGUGUUACACCCUCAGCAGGUCACUUGAGUGCAUCUUGUUCGCUGCCAUCUGACCGUGUCCCUUACCUCCUUGCUACUUCCUGUUCUGAUGGAAAAGUUCGCUUCUGGAGGUGUAAUGUCAUGGCCACAGAGUCCUUGAGUAUGGAAAACCGGGCUUACCAGUGGGAGGAAUGGCCGCUCCUUUUAGAGGAGGGGCUUCCCAACAGCAGUGCAGUGAGCGUACCAGGUCGCCCCAUUGAGGUCAGCUGCUGUCACACUGGACGGAUUGCUGUUGCCUACAGGCAGACUCCAAACUCGCUGAAAUCCAAAUCUCACCUGAAUUCUGAGACACAGUCCACUUCUCCCCCCACCCUGGCAUCCUCCCCCUACCUGACCCCCACUGUUACAGUACAGCGUAGCCCAAAUCACACUCUAAGCCUCAGUGCAGCCAAUACCAAAGCGCCUCUGGUCCAUAUUGGCAUUUUUCAGUGUGAGUCCACAGGUGGUUCCCAGUGGAUUUUAGAGCAGACUAUCGUUCUGGACGGCACGGAUCCCUCUGCCGACUACGAUGUCAGCAGUAGUUCAGGAGAAAGUACAGAUAUUACAAUAGAUUUCUCGUUGCCUAACGACAACUGUGUUGGUUCUAAUAGCAAGAGCCUGGUUCAUUUGGAUUGGGUUUCACAAGAGGAUGGGUCACAUGUUCUGACUGUGGGCAUUGGGACAAAGAUUUAUAUGUAUGGUCGUCUAUCUGGGAAGCCUCCAGAGCUUGGUCUGUCAUCUGAUGCGGGUAGAGAUCAGAGCUUGCUGCGCCUGGUUCUGCUUCGAUCAGUAGAUCUGGUGUCUUCUGUUGAAGGCUCGCUACCCAUCCCUGUGUCACUUUCCUGGGUGCGAGACGGCAUCUUGGUAGUGGGCAUGGACUGUGAGAUGCAUGUGUACUCCCAGUGGCAGCCGCCAGCGCCUCCCAAACCCAAUGUUAUUAUUUCCCAGGAAACAGACAUCAGCAGCAGUGUCUCCUCAAUAAUCUCAGCUGUCAGACAGAGCCAGGAGGAGGUUUUUAACUCUGCGGUGCCCAUGUCUUCACUGGCCCCUCCCAGAAAGGCUUUGACGAGAUCAAUGAUGAGCCUUGCUCAGAAGCUCAGUGGGAAGAGAACAGCUUAUGACCUGCCUGUAGAGAAGGAAGAUUCUGGUCUGUUUGAAGCAGCGCACCAACUUUUUCCAACUCUCCCUCAGUAUCAUCCUGUACAGUUACUCGAGCUAAUGGAUUUAGGAAAGGUUCACCGUGCUAAAGCCAUCCUCUCCCAUCUGGUGAAAUGCAUUGCUGGAGAAAUCGUGGCACUUAAAGACAGCGCCGCCAAUCCUGGGAAGCGUUUUCGCUCUCGAACAAUCAGCGCCGGAGGAAGCACGGCCAGAGACCCAAAAAUGUUCAGCAAAUCAGAGUCGUCCACCCCUGAUUACACAGAGAUAAGCUCCAUCCCCCCCUUACCUCUGUACGCCCUUCUAGCAGCUGAUGAAGAUACAUCACCAGCACCUGGUAAAGUGGACAGUGUGAGUGGAGACAGUGGGCAUGGUUCCAGUCACACAGAUGCCUAUGAUGAGCUCUUUCAUACACCCAGCAUAGUGGAUGUGGACCCUCUGGACAGUGAUAAAGAGGAAACUGGGAACAAGGUUAUUGACCUCUCCCAGUACAGUCCUACCUACUUUGGUCCAGAACAUGCCCAGGUUCUGUCCAGCCACCUUCUCCACUCCAGUUUACCUGGAUUAACUCGUAUGGAGCAGAUGUCUCUCAUGGCGCUGGCUGACACUAUUGCUACCACAAGCACAGACCUCAAGGACAAUCAGGACAAGAGCAAAGGUGGAGAGACACUAGAUGAGUGCGGUCUCAAGUUCCUCCUGGCUGUCAGGCUGCAUACCUUCCUCUCUACCUCCAUGCCGCCAGCACACCGAGCACAGCUGCUACGGCAAGGACUGUCAACAUGUCAUUAUGCCUGGGCCUUCCACUCUGAGGCUGAGGAGGAGCUGCUGAACAUGCUGCCUGCUCUACAAAAGGGAGAGCCCACUUGGCCCGAGUUGCGCUCCAUGGGCGUGGGCUGGUGGCUGCGAAGCACCAACAAGCUGCGCAGGUGUAUUGAGAAGGUUGCCAAGGUUUCCUUUCAGAAAAGCAAUGAUCCUCUGGAUGCUGCUAUAUUUUACCUUGCACUAAAAAAGAAGGCAGUGGUCUGGGGAUUGUACAGGUCUCAGAAGAAUGCCAAAAUGACAGAGUUUUUUCACAACAACUUCACUGAGGACCGGUGGAGAAAGGCCGCAUUAAAAAAUGCCUUUUCUCUGUUGGGAAAACAGCGGUUCCAGCAUUCUGCAGCCUUCUUCCUUCUAGCUGGCUCCCUGAAGGAUGCUGUGGAGGUGUGCUUAGAGAACCUGCAAGACCUACAACUGGCACUAGUGAUCACCAGACUGUAUGAAUCUGAGUUUGAGACUGCAUCCACCUACAAAAAGAUCCUCCAAAGACAUGUUCUGGGCCAAGACAAACAGAUUCCAGUCAAUGAGGACCCGUUUCUACGGAGCAUGGCUUACUGGGUCCUAGAGGACUACAGCAGAGCCUUGGACACUUUACUGGAGCAGCCUAAAAACAUGACCAGCUCUAGUCCAACUGAACAAAGCACCGCUUCCUCUUUUGUGUCUAGAUCUAACCCUGAGGUUUUCAACUUUUACAUCUACCUCCGCACCCACCCGCUCCUCCUUCGCCGCCACUUCAGCUCAUCAGAGAAGGCUAAAGUUGGCCUGACCACCGAGUGCCGUAGGGCCAGCUCCAUUAGCCUGGAGGAAAGAAGACUGUUUUUCACAGCAGCACAUGCACACCUGCAAGCCGGCUGCCCCAUGCUGGCACUGGAAGUCCUCUCCAAGAUGCCCAAAGUCCACAAGCAUUCCAAAUUGUCCAAAACCCAGAAUGCAAGCAUGGCUACUGACCUUAGUGUUGGGAGUAAGAAUGAACAAUCAUCAGAUCCAGAUUGGUCCCAAACAGCCCUGAACGGCUAUGAUUCCGAUAGAAACAGCUUAUCCAACAGCCAGUCGGAUUCAGUGUUAAGUUUUGACUGGAGCCAGCCGUCAGUGACUCUUCCAGAUGAGCCUCUCGAGCUGAAAUGGGACAGUGACAAAGAUGAUGAAGAUAAAGAUGAUGAGGAUGAUGAAGGAGAAACAAAAAAUGCUAAAAGUGAUAUAACUGCAGAUAGCACCAGCGUGUUCCAGGACACACAGGAUGCCGCGUCACCGCUAAUGGAGACGGUGACAGAGGAGGACAGUGGGGAGAGCAAAGACUUCAUUGCACCGUCUGAUGACAUAUUGGCAGCACAGCUGAAGUUCACUGCCUGCUUGAAGAUCAUGACUAAUGAGCUCCGGACUCUGUCAACAGGAUAUGAACUGGAUGGAGGAAAGCUACGUUACCAGCUCUACCAGUGGUUAGAGAGAGAGGUGGUGGCUCUUCAGCGUUGUUGCAGCUAUAAGCCUCGCCUGCCGGAGUUGUGUGUGAGUGGUGAUGCUUGUGUUUCUGGGUUGCUGGAGGAAGAGCCUGGGAGUCCUCGUGGUGACAGCCAGAAGAGCAGGAGACACUGGCUGCAGAGCAACCAGCCCUUACUGAGGAUGUUUCUGAGCUACUGCAGCCUGCAUGGGUCCCACGGAGGAGGACUGGCUUCAGUGCGCAUGGAGCUCACACUGCUGCUUCAGGAGUCCCACCAGGACGACUCCUUCCAAUCAGCGCUGACAUCCAGUCAUCAGCCUGCGUCGAUCCCUCUGCUGAUGGCUUGUACCGCUAACGUUAAGACGGUGGUGGCGAAUCCCAUUGUCUACCUGACCAAUCUAACUCAUGACAUCUUACAGACCAUCAAUGCACUUGACUCUCCUCCACAUCCUGAUGUUGUGAACAAUGAGAUCUACGUGAUGCACACGCUGGCUGCCUCUUUGUCUGCCUGUAUUUAUCAGUGUCUGUGUGACGGACAAACCUACAGCCAUGUAAACCAUUUCACUGGGACCGUGUAUCAGAGUGUGUUGCUGUCUCAGAAGCAGCCGGUCCGAACGGUCAGCAUGGAUGAGUCUGUUCAGGCCAACACGUCUCCUGCACACUGGCCAGGUAUUUCUACUCUGAUUUCUCAGCUGAGCUCAGCAGGUGAGGACAGUCAGCCAGGCCUGACUGUGCUGCUCUGCGAGAUCCUGACAGCUGUCUUCCUCAGUCUGUUUGUUCACGGCAUGGCCACUCACUCCUGCAAUGAGCUGUUCCGCAUUGUGGCCCACCCCCUCAACAGCAAGCUCUGGGUCGCAGUGUUUGGAGGAGGUGCCAUGAUACCUGUCAUUGAGAAACCCAACAGCCCAACAAGAACACCCCCACCAGCCUCACCCAGUGGCUCAGACAGGAAGUCCAGACGAUUCAGGCUGUUGUCAUCACGCAGCGGGUCCAAGGAGGAAUCAGGAAUGGAGCCGCAGAGCCUUUAUAGUCCCAGACGUGACCGCACAGUGGAGCAAGAAGCUGCAACUAUCUAUAAAGAACGAUUUGUCCCUCCAGAGCUCAGCAUUUGGGAUUACUUUAUCGCCAAGCCUUCACUGCCUCAAUCAGAAAACGGAGUUGAAUAUGAUUCAGAGGAGAGUCAUAGCAGUCAGGAUGAAGAUGAUGAUGAGGACGGAUAUGAAGAUGUGUUUGACCCAAACUCCCCACAGAAAGAACAUUCAAACCACAACUCAUACAGUUGGUGUUUAAUGCGUCUGGCAAUGGUUCAGCUGGUGUUGGUCAAUCUCAAGUCCUUUUACCCAAUGGCAGGAUAUGAUUUAUUGGAUCUGCCUGUGGGCUCUCCUUUGUGUCAUGCUGUGCUGAAAACGCUGCAACGCUGGGAGCAGGUGCUGCAGAAAAGGCUGGAGCUUUUUGAGGGCCCCCCCUCCAAAUAUAUCUCCAACCACCUCCAGGACGAAACGACUACACCUGGCCCUGCGCUGCUCAGACACAAGGCCAUGUUUGAACCAUCCAACACCCCUUUCAGGUCUAACCACCAUUCAGCGCUGCCAGUGAAGCGUUUGUGGCGGUUCCUGGUUAAGCAGGAAGACGUGCAGGAGACGUUCAUUAGGAACAUCUUUACCAAGAAGCGAAGCCCCAAUGAGCACAAUAAUUCAGUGUCUGUGUGUGGUUGCAUGGUUCGUCACUGGUUGCUGCUGGAUUGUGUGUGUGUGUGCGCGUGCGCCUGUGCCCCGUGCUGCUUCUCCCAAUCAUUAAAGUCGGUUGAGGACCAGACUGACAAUAUGAAAUGUUCAGGGAUGGACGAGACGGGAAACGAUCAGACUGAGUCAAAUCUGGGAUCCCCUGGAGGAAAAGCACGCAUCAUCCACAAGGAGUCUGACAUCAUCACCGCCUUCGCUAUCAACAAGGCAAAUCGGAAUUGUUUAGUCAUGGCAUCCACCCAUGAUAUUCAAGAGCUGGAUGUGUCAUCCAUCUUGGCCACACAGAUUAUGACAUGGGUCGAUGAUGAUGAGACUGAAUCCAAAAGUGUUGGAGGUGAGGAUUUCCUUGUGGUUUACACCCGCGAUGACUUUGCCGCGCUGCAUGGCACCACACCGUACACUCACAGCAGCCCCGGCACACCCAUCAACAUGCCGUGGCUGGGAGGAGUGCAGACGGGCAGGGGUGCCUCCGUGAUGAUCAAGCGAAACAUCAACAACGUGAGAAGAAUGACCUCCCAUCCCACGCUGCCGUACUACCUGACGGGCGCUCAGGACGGGAGCGUGAGGAUGUUCGAGUGGGGUCAUUCUCAGCAAAUCAUCUGCUUCAGGAGUCCAGGCAACUCGAGAGUCACGCGGAUACGGUUCAAUCACCAAGGGAACAAGUUUGGUGUGGUGGAUGCUGACGGGUGUCUGAGUCUGUGGCAGACCAACUCUAGUGGAAAUGCACCCAAACCGUACCUGACGCUGCAGUGUCACAAUAAGACGGCUCACGACUUUGUCUUUGUGAGCUCAUCUUCCCUCGUUGCCACCGCGGGCCUUUCGACAGACAACAGGAACGUGUGUUUGUGGGACACACUCGUGACUCCUGCAAACAGUCUUGUACAUGCGUUCUACUGCCAUGACUCAGGUGCUACUGUGCUCUCAGUGGCCCCCAGGCAGCAGCUGCUUAUCACAGGUGGCAGGAAGGGCUGGAUCAGUGUCCUGGAGCUUUCCCACAAGCACCAGCGCCAAAAUUUCCAAGCCCACGACUCGCCGGUCAAAGCGCUGGCUGUGGAUCCGACCGAGGACUGCUUCAUCAGUGGCUCGGCCGAAGGCAACAUCAAGGUUUGGAGCGUGGCCUCGCAGGCGCUCCUCUUCACCUUCCCCAACGAGCAUGCGCGCCAGUCGCUGUUCAGGAACCUCGGCACGGGCGUCAUGCAGCUGGAGGUGGGACCGGCCAAUCACAUGUUCUCCUGCGGCGCCGACGGAACCAUGAAGAUGAGGAUCCUCCCGAAUCGCUUCAGCGUCGUCAGCAACAACAACAACAACUACGGCAACAUGAAGAAUGAUGUCAAAUUCAUCAUAUAGACAGGAAAACGAUGACGCGGACGCAGCUUCACGCCUGAAUGCAGUAUGAGCCUGUAACAGGUCCAUUCACCAUUUUGAAUGAAGAAUGACUUUCCUGACAAACAGAUUUUCGUAGGAUUCGCAGACUAUUACAGAGUGAGAGCAUCUGAGCCGCAGCUCCUGAGAUCAGGCACUGAGCGGAUCCUCUGUUUGUUUGGGACCUGAGCGCCCGCUUGACAUUAAAGUUGACCAAACACGGAGCCUUUACGGGCUUUUGUAAGUACAGUGGAAGUGGGCACAGGGUAACAUCCGCAGGCACAUUCUCAUUCAGCGAGAAUAAACUGAGGAUGGGAACCCAGCUGGAGCUUCUCUAAGUCAAACAAAGUGUUUGCUGAAGAGCACAUGGAGCUGUUUUUGCACAGAGGACGAGGCUGUGGAAUGAACGGGACGGAGCAGAGACCGAAGGCUCUGAAGCUGCAGCUUUGUUCUCCUGCAGCGACACGUUCUCUGUCGCUCCCAUUACUGAAGCGCUGCUGGAGCGUUCAGGCGAUAACGCAGUGUGUACUGUAUGCAGUGGACAGUACAGAUAAGUGAUCCCUUUAGGGGUCGGACCGUCACAAAAACGCACAACGCCGGCGACGCCGCUCCGCCCGAUGCAGCAUCACACAGAGCACAAGCAUCCACUGGCUCUGAACUAAAUGUUGGAAGACAAACGACACCAGCUUGGUUGGAGAAGUAGUGGACCAACUGUUUGUCAGAAACAAACCACACUUUAGGCUUUGCCCAACUUCAUAUAAAUAUUAUGGUGUCUUUUUUUGGCCGCCCUCUCGAGCCCGACAUCCAGGAAACGUAGGUUUCAUUGGCAAAUAAAAACAUAUCUCCUACAUUCAAAGCAAUAGUUUGAGGGUUUGGUAGGUAGAAGAUUAAUUCCAUCGUGGAUACAGCUGGUUUGCUUUGUUUAGCAGGUGACUAGAAUCAGUACUGUCACAUCCACUAGUGUGUGUGUGUUCCUGCUUUACCACUGCCUGCACCAUCACACUGUUUGUCUUUGCAUUUGCCAUGAAGUCAUUUUUUGAACGAAGCCGCGUUAAACGCAGCCGUCGUUCAGAGGCGGCAGGAAACUUUCUCCCAUUUGUAAUGAAAUGGAAGGACAUUUAUUUUGACAGCGCUCCGUUAUCAGCCGAUGCGUUUUAAGGUGAGCCCACUGAAUUUCCAGCCCCGUCAGUCAGAGGAGCCUAAACUAAUCUGGGGAGAGGAGCAGCGGAAUUACUGCGGUGCAUCCGCGGCCCUCGGGCCAAACAAACAUGACUGUGCACCCACAUCGUUCUGUUCUGUGAACAGAGCGCGAGUUGUGUUUAUGUUAAAGAAACCCUCAAUGCAGCGGAUCUGAGGCGCGUUCUAAAAUUAGUGCUGCAGUGAGUGUAGUUUGAAAGUAGCCUGCCAUAAUUACCUCUGCUGCUCCAACUACUGACAUGAAUUAGGAGCCAAGCCGACAUGCAGUUUUCUUCUUCCCACAGUUUCAGUGAGUGUGUCUCAUAGCAGCGCCAUUAAACAAAGCAUCAUCCAGCUGAGCGCUUUGUGUCAUUUACAGAAUGUCAAACUAUUUUUCCGCUGGGUCAGAACUAGUGACGUCCUCCUGUGCUGCCAGACGCUGGUUUCUUCUCUUUCAUGGACCUAAACGCGCCAUUUGUGUCUGUACAGUAUCUGCCGAUAAAUCUGGAGCCAAGGUUCAUGUACAAUAACGCAUAGAACUACAAACAGUCCUCGACUUUCAUCACAGCUUUAGGUUCAGUAGUGGUGGAGUUCAUUAGGUACAUUUACCCGGUGGUAUUAUUAAGUGUCCUUAUUCUGAGUACUACUUCUGCCAUCGUGGCGCAGUACUGUCUGUCUUGGUAAUAUUCAUUAAUAAGAUUAUUUUUCAUGUUAAAAUUGCACAAAAUAGCUUUAAUUUAACAUCCCACAAAUAAACCCUUUUGUGGCUACAUUUUCUUCUUGAAUUGUUUUAAUAUUAAACUUAAGUUGUAGCAGGAUGUUUUGCUGUAGACAGUGGAUGGGGGUUGGGCUGGGCUGUUCACUUGUAAAAGGUAUUAUAGUUGACGGUGGAAGUGUCUUAUUCCCAGAACGAUGCUCUUCCCCUUCACUGACUCCAACCUUUCAUUUCCCAGGUUGACACGCUGCCUUGGAAAGACUUCGCCUUGUAGUAAUUUUAAUUUAUAUGCUUUGCUGUUCAGUAAUUAACUUCACUUCUCUAUCGUACACGUUCUUCAUGGAUCCAAAUGCAGCAGUAAAAUGUCUGAGGUCGGUGUAUAAGAUGUUGCGUCUUCCACAUAAAUACUAAGGGGGUUUCGUGCAGCUUCUCCCGUAGCCGUUUGGUCUGAAGGAGUUUAAUCCAUUAAGCUACAGAACGACCCACAGAAGCUUGUUGUGCUGCUAUAGGGAAACAAAUGUAAAAUAGUUUGACUUCAGGGAAGCUGUACUGGUAAAACCAUACUGAUGAAGCAGUUAUAUACAAUAUAUAUAUAUAUAUAUAUAUAUAUAUACACAGAACUAUAAGCUGGGAUUCUCAUAACAUAAUUAACUAGUCGUACAGUAGAUAAGCGUGGGUAUGAAGAAUAUAAUUCUGCCACAAACUAGUGUAUUUAAGAUCUGUGCAUAUUUAUAAUUAUAAAUCUGAUGUAAUCUUUCUUUGGAUUUUGCUUUUUUGCUGAACAGCUACAUCACGCCUUGUUUUCUCCACAAAUCAGACUAAUCAUUUAUGAAAUUAGCAGCAACUAGAGAAAACAUUUGAUCAAAACCAAACUACCAAAACAGAUGAAAUAUAUUUUAAUCAAAAACUGCUUAUUUUCCAACACCUGUUAAUCGAAUAGAAUCUAAUCACCACAUUGAACUUUGACCCGUCCCCCCGAACCUUGAAAUGUGAAUUUGAUUACAAAAAUCUAAUUUUAUAAUACUUGUUGUGUAAAUUGAUGUAUUAUACACAGAAAAUAUACUGAUAAUAAAAAUAUGUACCAUACACAA